AUGAUCGCGAAAAGUGUUCUCGUGAGCGCUGCUCUCUUCGCUUUGGCGGCUGUGGCCCACGGGCAACAGAUUGGUGAGUUCUAGGCCAUCACUAUGGAUUUCUAGUCCCCCGCUUUCAGAUUGCUGUGCGUACCCGAUCACCAUCAGCAUCACGGCGACCAACGUCACCAUAUUCCGUUUCACUUGCGACGAACCCAUGAAGAUCUACUGCGCACUCGCUCCAGACCCGGAUGAGACGUUCCGACGUGUGGCAGCCGUUGGAAAACAGAUCAACUCGACGGAGAGCAUUCCGCAGAAUAUUGUGAGUGCAAUAGAAGUUGACGGAAGAAACUGGAAAGUAGUGGAUUCCAGAUCGCAUCGGAUACCACUAUGGCCUCUGCUGACAUCGUCUGCGACGCUAAGAAACAUUUGUGGCACGGAUAUAAGCGGGUGAAGCUGUACAACUCGUUCUACUGCGCCUAUCAGAAAGCGGACGGAUCCUGGAUUCAUGGAUAA